CCAUACAAUAUACUUGCCCCAAAGGCAGCUUCAGGCACCAAGGAAGACCCUAACUUAGUCCCAUCCAUCACCAACAAGCGAAUUGUGGGUUGCAUCUGUGAAGAGGACAACAGUGCUGUAAUCUGGUUCUGGCUGCACAAAGGCGAGACUCAGCGAUGCCCAAAUUGUGGAACGCACUACAAGCUGGUUCCCCACCAGUUUGCCCACUGA